AUGGAGCUGGCUCGUGCCUGGCUGCCUUGCAACACAGGCAAAAGUUGUGUCUGUCUAUACCUGUCUGGUGGUUUGCCAUGGAGUGGGGGCUUGUGGAAGCCAGCUGAAAAAGGAACAUUCAGACCUGAUGAGAGCUAUCCAAGUGAUCAUGAUGAAAAUGCAAAUCUUCACCGCGACACUCUUGGAAGACAAGAAGAGACAGAGGAAAACCUAAUGAACAGCAAUGCACUGCCCGGUAUUUUUGGAUCCUUAAGCCCAAAGAGGAAAAGGGCAAAGCUGGUGACCAGAAUUCAUGAAGAGGAGAUGAAAUCCCAGAACUACCAGAUCGCCAUCACCAUCAUCGAGGCCAGGCAACUGGUUGGUGAGAACAUUGACCCUGUGGUGAUCAUCGAGAUUGGUGAUGAGAAGAAGCAAACGACAGUAAAGGAAGGCACAAACGCCCCUUUCUACAAUGAGUACUUCAUGUUUGAUUUCGUUGGACCACAGGUGUUCCUGUUCGACAAAAUAAUCAACAUCUCUGUUAUGCACAAUAAACUCAUUGGGAGUGUGCUGAUAGGAUCCUUUAAAGUAGAUCUGGGGACAGUGUAUGGUCAGCCAGGUCAUCAGUUUUGUGACAAGUGGGCGCUUCUCACAGACCCUGCUGACAUUAGGACGGGACCCAAGGGAUACCUGAAGUGUGACAUCAGUGUGACUGGGAAAGGUGAUGCAAUACAAGCUACGCAGAAAACAGCUGAUACUGAGGAGCAGAUUGAAAAGAACCUCUUGAUCCCCAAAGGCUUUCCAUCUGAAAGACCAUGGGCCAGAUUUUAUGUGAGAAUUUACAAAGCAGAAGGACUUCCGAAGAUGAACUCUACCAUCAUGGCCAAUGUCACCAAAGCAUUCAUAGGCGACAGUAAGGACCUUGUGGAUCCCUAUGUGGUGGUCAUGUUUGCAGGUCAAAUGGGUCGGACAACAGUGCAAAAGAACUGUGCAGAUCCAAUAUGGCAUGAACAGAUUGUCUUCAAGGAAAUGUUCCCUCCACUCUGUCGGAGAGUCAAAAUCCAGGUCUGGGAUGAAGGCAGCAUGAAUGAUGUGGCCUUAGCCACCCACUUCAUUGACUUGAAGAAAAUAUCAAAUGAACAAGACGGUGACAAAGGGUUUUUGCCUACUUUUGGGCCUGCCUGGAUCAAUCUCUAUGGCUCACCCAGGAACCACAGCCUAAUGGAUGACCACCAGGAGCUUAACGAAGGUUUUGGAGAAGGGGUCUGCUUCAGGGGACGUCUCUUCAUUGAGAUUGCUGUGGAGAUACUUUCAGGAGGAGCCCGUGAGUCGAAGUUUUCAAGUAUUAUCAAGGAUAUAAAAUUGCCAUCUAAAGAUAAAGACUUCAAAGCACCCAAAGGAAAAGACAAAACUGAGAAACCAGGAGAGGAUCGAAAGUCAGUUUCUCCUUCAGAUAAGAUGAACUCAACUGAAGUGGAAGUUGAGCCAUUUGAUGUGCCUUCAGAGAUCUAUGAAGAAAAAUUUGAGGAAUUCCUCCUCUUUGGGACAUUUUUUGAAGCCACAAUGAUUGAUAGGAAAAUUGGGGACAAGCCAAUAACCUUUGAGGUUUCUGUUGGUAACUUUGGAAAUAUUACUGAUGGGGUGUCAUCAGGAGCUGGAGGCAAAAAGAAGACACAUGAUAGAGAAGCAGAAGAAAGCCUGCUGCAUGAGGGGGAGGAUGAAAUUUCUCAUGACCUUGGAGUACCCCUGAGAUCCACCACAUCCCCUGAGAAGCCACUAAUCACAGGUGGGAACAGGAACUACCAGUACCUGCCAUACGAUGAGAGGAAGCCCUGUAUCUGCGUCAAGAGCUACUGGGGGGACCAGACCUUUCGUCUAUACUCUUCCAACACUCUUGAGAAAAUGGCGGAUCACCUGGAAGAAUCAUUAGAUCAAGUAAAGGACUUGAUCAAGGUUUCAGAGAUUGCAUCUGAGGAGAAAAUGAGGAUGACCCUAAAUUAUUUUAUCAAUCAAAGCAGGGCCUUCAUUACCAUUGCUGAAAAGAAGCCCAAAGGAUUGAACUACACUGCUUUGGACAAAAAGAGACUCAUGCUGUUCAAGCAAGAGCUGGAAGCAAUGUCCAGUGAUGCCAAGGGAAUUGUUCAGCAGCAGAAAAAGAAGAUGCCACUGGAUGAAAUGAUGCGUGAGACUCAGAGCUUUAUAGAUAAAAUUCGAUUCUUGGUUGAUGAGCCGCAGAAUACGGUGCCUGAUGUGUUCAUCUGGAUGCUCAGCAGCAACAAGAGAGUUGCAUAUGCAAGAGUCCCAGCAAAAACCAUACUCUAUUCCCCAGCAAAAGAGCAGAGAGGCAAGGACUGUGGGAAGAUUAAAACCCAUUUCCUGAAAUUACCAGGAAAGCGCCCACUGGGUUGGACUGUGCAGGCAAAGGUAGACAUCUACCUAUGGCUUGGACCUGCCAGCUAUGCCCACAGCAUCAUGGAGAAUUUGCCUGUAGGAUAUGAGACUGAAUUACCAUCUAACACCAACUCAGGGCACAGUGUGGUGCCCUCACCUGCCUGCCUGCUGUAUAAAACCCCGCACCUCUUCCAGCUGAGAGCCCACAUGUAUCAGGCGAGAGGGCUUAUUGCAGCUGACAGCACUGGACUUUCCGAUCCUUUUGCAAAAGUUACUUUCACAUCACACUGCCAGACCACGAAGAUCAUUUCUCAGACGUUAUCCCCCACCUGGAACCAGAUGCUGCUUUUCAACAGGAUUGUGCUUCAUGGUAACAGAGAGGAGAUCGCUCAGUUCCCACCAGAGAUCGUCAUCGAGCUGUACGAUGACGAUGCAGUGGGUAAAGCAGAAUAUAUUGGGUCUACAGUGGCUGCCCCUGUGGUGAGACUUGCUGAUCAAAACUAUGAACCACCUAAACUUGCUUACCAUCCAGUGUAUUGUGGAAAUCUUUCUGGAGGAGACCUUCUUGCUACAUUUGAGCUUCUGGAGAUUCCUGAGUCAGAUCCAGACAGACUUCCCCCACUGGAUCCACCAGAUAUUGGCCAGAUUUACCCAGUCCCAGCUAACAUCCGACCUGUUUUAAGCAAGUACAGAGUGGAGGUCUUGUUCUGGGGUGUUCGAGAGCUGAAGAAAGUCCAACUCCUCUCUGUAGAUCGCCCUCAGGUUCUCAUCGAAUGUGCGGGGAAAGGAGUGAAAUCCUCUGUCAUCCAGAGCUACAAAAAAAAUCCCAAUUUCAGUGGCCUUGCAGACUGGUUUGAAGUGGAGCUGCCUGAAAAUGAACUCUUGCAUCCGCCACUAAGCAUUUGUGUGGUCGACUGGAGAGCAUUUGGGAGGAGUACUCUUGUUGGAACGCACACCAUCAAUUACCUUAAGCAAUUCCUAUGUAAGACCCAGUUGCGUCCUCAAGCUACACCGAACAGACUAGACAUUGUAGAAAUGGAGAAAGCUUCACCUGAGUCAUCCCAGCCUGCUGAGUUAUCCCAAGAAGAACCAUUUUUAGCUGAUCAUGUCUAUGCUGAGGUGGAGCAGGGUAAAUGUACAGUGGUAGAGCCAGACCCACAUCUUGCAACAGUUCCUCCCACUGAACCAGAGCAUUCUGCCUCUGAACCAGGGAAAGACAGAAAACAGAAGGAUAUGAAAAAAUCCAUCAGACGGUCAACAAAGAGGAGAAAAAGAACAAUUGCAGAUGAAUCAGCUGAAAACGUUAUUGACUGGUGGUCAAAAUACUAUGCUUCUGUGCUGAAAAUGCAAAAGGCAAAAGGAAUUUUUUCCAGUGAGGGGAAAUCUGAAGACA